AUGGCAUCUACAGAACAGCAGUUUCUCGCCCUCUUGAGAAGCGACCGCAUCCAGGACGGCCUCUUCGCACACCUCUCCACCGGCGACGCCUGCGCCGUGCGGCAGUCAUCCUCGGCCUGCUGCAACCUGCUCACCAAGCGCCUCUUUACCCGUAUCCACGUCACCUUUACCGCGAGCGCCUUCACCAAGCCGUGUCGCGUGGCCGCCCUCGGCCGCAUCGGGCACCACGUCGAGCACCUCACCUUUUACCUGCCGCACUCGGACGCGACCUUUCUUCCGCCGCUCGUACACCCGCAGACGGGCCAGGAGAUUUCCUUCUUGUACACGCCGCACACGAGCAUGGGCUCAGCGCUCACGCGGCCCAAGUACGCGAACACCGAGCUCGGCGACAUCCUCACCCAGCAGUACCCGCCGCUAUUCCACGCCGCAACCAACGUGCCCAGCUUCAUCCAAGUGCUGGGCCACUUCGCCCGCAUCCGCCACCUGACGGUCCGCUGCCCCGGCCAGAACCCGGCGGAGCGCUACCGCCGCGAUAUCGUCGACUACGCCCUCAUCAGCCUGCGCAUCGCCGUCGAGCGUGCCCCGCUGACCAACCUGCACAAGCUGUCCCUCUCGUCGCUGCACCCCGCGGCGCUCAGCUACCUGCGCCACGUCAACGGCAUCGGUAGCGUGCCGUCGGCCGGCCGCCGCUGGAAGCAGAUUCGCAAGCUGCACCUGUCUGUCGAGGCGUGGGACUUUCACAAUAGUGCCUCGCCGGGGCUUGACCAUCUCAAGAUCAUUGACGACUACAUCCGCGGGCUGGCGCCGCAGCUCGAGAAGCUCUCCUUUUCCUGGAUUGGUGCCAGGGGUCCAUGUCCUAUCGCCCUCGCGGCCGAUCCGCUCUUUGCGCCGCCGCGCGCCUCCCGCAAACUCUUCCACGAGGUCACCUCGCCCAUGUCGCCGCUACCCGUGCGACCCCCGCGCGCGCCCAUCCACAUGCCCGCGCUGCGGUACCUACAAAUCCGGAACACGGCCAUGAACGCGCCGCAGCUGCGCCGCCUCAUCGACGCCCAUCAGGCGACGGUCAAGGAGUACGACUUUGAAAACGUCUCCCUGGCGGAUAAUGGCCGCUGGGACGACGCGCUCGCGCCCGUCAGCGAGGAGCACAAGUGGUCGCACAGCGGCCUCGUCCGCGCACCGAGCCGCUGCAGCCUGGCGACGAGCGAGAGCGCCGACGACGAGCUGCCCAGCCUCAGCGCAGCAGUCGCGGCUGUCGGUCGCGAACUGCUCGACAUGGAUUUUGGUGCCUACGGCUUCGAUGACGACGAUGAUGACGAAAAGACGGUCAUGGAGGAGGAGCUAACCGUGGAGAUGGCGGCUGCGGGCACGCGCGAGGAGAGCACGGGCUUCACCACGAGGAUCAGGAAGAAGAAGCGCUCCAAGCACAACCACCGUGGCCAUGACCAAGAUCACCACCGCAGCAAGCGCAAGCACAGCAGAAGCGCUAGCGAGCCGGACCACAAGUCGAAGCCGCCGCCGCCGCCCCCCCUGCCACGCUCGCACUCUUCCUCGUCUCAGCCGUCGUCUUUAUCCCCUAUGCGCCUGUUUCGACGCCCAUCACAUUCGUCGUCGUCGUCAUCGUCGUCGCAGCGCAAGUUGUCGCUCGAGACGAUUCACGUAGCCCCCGUCACCCUCUCCGACCCGUUCAUAUCGCCGCCUAUCCUCUCCUCGGAGCCGCAGCCGGUGCUCCUCCAGCCAACAGUCUACGACCCCCACGCGCGGCACGCCGCGGUGUCGCCUGGCGUCGGCGACGACGACGACGGCAUCACCGCCGUGCAGCGCAACCUAGAGCAGGAGGAGGCGCACCGGCUGCUCGCCGAGGACGCGGCAGCGCGCGUCAGCGCCUUGCAGCGCGCCAAGGAGGCUGUCAUGACGAAGCUGACGCGCGAGUUCUUCAAAAAGCACAAGCCGAGUGAUGGCGUCAGCGGUCACUACGGUCAUGACAGCGCGGGGCCCAGCAAUGGCGCGGUAGCGGCGUGUCGGUUGAUGGCGGGCAGGGACCUCGUCGCCGGCAGCGGAAGCUACUACUACACGGGCAACAGCGACUUUGUGCUCGAGGACCGGUGCACAAUGGACAGCCAGACGGCCAUGGUGCCGCUCAUGUUGAGCCGAGCAUGA